GUUGCGACAUCGCUAUUAAUUGCGCAUGCUACGCACUUUGGCUUAUUUGCUAGUGAUACUUCGAAUUUCGGAACAAUGUGCAGCAAGGAAGGAGAAUGUCCCGCACCAGACAAAUAUACCCCAAGGGGAUCUUCCUCCUCGUAGCCGUAAGCAGGCUCCUCCAGGCUCGGCUCUUUGUCGUUCCUGUGAAGAUUUUUUGACAGAACUGAGGAUAGGAGCACCAAAAAAGUUGGACCUAGUCAUGGACAGGACAAGAGCAGCUGCUCGUGAAUUUCUGCCAUUCUACAGUCAUGUGGAUGGAGUUAUUGUCGAUUUUCUAUCUGGUUGUGUCCAAAGCAGCGCCAGAUGGAUUUUCAAACUCAUAAAUCCGAGGAGAGAAUGUACGAGGCUCAUGCUAUGUUAGUCUACGGUACGCUCAGUUCUCGGACAUUCUAUCUAUCUAACUUGAUAGAUGCCAUAGAAAGUGUGGCAUUCAUUGUUUUUCUCGUUGAAUUUUCAUCGUAUGUUGUAAAUGGCUCUAAAAUCGAAAACACUACUAUCAUCCAGUUACUCUUCUGUAUUCAUGUGUCUAGGUAAUUUAAGUGCUCCAAAAAGCCUUGCAUUGUUCUUGUGAUCAUGAAGACGCUUUUCAAUCUGCU